UGUUACGGACAGACACGAUGUUUCAAUCCUAAACACUCGCGAGCGUUAUCUUAAAGUAUGUAUUUCCUGUUAUGGUCGACGAUAAGAGGUGUAUUUUGAAAUCUUUUAAACCGGAAAUGGUAUAUGUGUCCCAUCCCGGUUGACUUCACGAUGUGUAUCGCACAAACUUGUCAGCCUCCCCGGACCAGCCCUAAAACUCUGCGAGUCUUGCUGGUUGUAUCCGCCUGAGAUCGGCAGCGACAUGGGAACCGCCCGGGAUCAAAGAUAGUGCCGAGACUUGGUCCAGUGAGAUGGAAACCUUCGGCUGCUGGUUGAACAGGAAAUAAAAACCCAGGUCCGUCCGCGCAGCCGCUCCUCUGAAUCCCUGGUAACCAUGGAGACCGAGUUUGGAGGGAGACCAACUGCAGGUGCCUUCAUCCCCAGCCCUCAGAGUGAAGCUGUGGCCAAUGAGCUGCAGGAGUUGUCCCUGCAGCCCGCCCCCAAUCUGCUGCCAGUCAGGGAGAGGAAGGACGUUCUCCAGCUGAAGCUACAGCAGAGAAGGUCCAGGGAGGAGUUGAUCAGCCAGGGAAUCAUGACACCCUCCUCUUCAUUCAUAGGGGCUUGGUCAACAAAUAUACAUAUGCCAGCCCUGAAAAGUUCAGCUGUCUUCCACGAACAGAGACGGUGCUUGGAACGAGCUCGGACUGAGGACUAUCUCAAGAGGAAGAUCAGGGCUCGACCGGAGCGAUCUGAACUGAUCAGGAUGCACAUCCUGGAGGAGACGUCAGCAGAGCCGUCGCUUCAGGCCAAGCAGCUGCAGCUGAAGAGGGCUCGCAUUGCCGAUGAUUUGAACGAUAAGAUCUCCCACCGGCCGGGGCCCAUGGAGCUGAUCCACAAAAACAUCCUGCCUGUUCACUCCAGCAUUAAGCAGGCCAUCAUAGAGACACGGUUUCCAAAGGCUUCAGGUGAUAACUCGUCAUGUGAUGAAGACAGCAAUUACAGCCUGUCUCCAGAACAGCCGGUGAGCCUGGAGUCUCCUCUGGGCCUGCUACCUCUGCCCUCGCCACCAGAGAUGCUGGCUGGCAGCCGCGGCGUCCCAUCUCCCAGACAGGUCUCUCCUCCUGCUCUUGCUCUCCCACCGCUCUCUGGAUCCUCCCCCUCAUUCAAGUUGACCAAUGGGACGGCAGCAUCAUCCGCCCAGAGGACAGGAGCGACUUCACAGAUCAAGUGCCAGCCUAAACCACACUCUGACCGCUCUGCACAACGACACAAGAAACCUAAGGACAACAAGCCAAAGAUUAAGAAGUUAAAGUACCAUCAGUACAUCCCUCCAGACCAGAAGGGAGAUAAAGAGCCUCCUCCCCAUCUGGACUCGUCUUAUGCCAAAAUCCUCCAGCAGCAGCAGCUCUUCUUGCAGCUCCAGAUCCUCAGUCAGCAGCAGCAGCAGCACUAUAACUACCACACCAUCCUGCCUGCACCACCCAAACCUCAGAGAGAUCAGCAGCCAUCUUCCUCCUCCUCCUCCUCCUCCUCCUCCAUUUCCACAACUACCUCCUCCCCUCCUCGACCUGUCGCUGCCCCUUCAAAGGCUCCGUCUAACCCGGGCUGUCACAUCCGUCAUUCGGCUGCUUUACGUGGGACAAAGCCAGUGUCUCUACCUCCAAACCUGGACGAAAUGAAGGUCGCGGAACUGAAGUCCGAGUUGAAGUUGCGCAGCUUGCCAGUCUCCGGCACCAAAAACGACCUCAUCGAGAGGCUGAGGACCUACCAGGAGCUGAAUGGAGGCUGUGACACUACCUGCGCUCCAACAGCAGGGGGUAUCACAGGGCCAGGGGCCGAGGGAGCAGGAAGAUCCACCAAAACUGCAGCUGCAACCACCAACAACAACUACACAUCACAACAACAGCAACCGCUUCAGUGCCACGAUACAUCUUCUCUGACUGUUGAUGCAGGUAGCAGUGCAGCCACUCGUCAGCAGCCCAUGACCUGUGGUGGCGCCGCGUCCCCCCCGACCGCCUCACUCACACACUCUGCCUGCUCGCCGGGCGCCAUGAGCCUAGAGGAUACCAGCUUUAACAGCGACCCCUUGGUUGAAAUGAUGAGUCCACACAUCACCCAUGUGAGCCUUCCGCCAUGUUCAGCUGCUCAGCUUGCGACCGGCAUUAAAGAAGAACCGAAGUGUUCCGCCCUGGCCCCGUGUCAACUCUCUGUAAAGCAGAAACAUUGCCUGGUCUCAUCGACGGCCCUCACCACGGCAACCCCGGCUCUAGUGGGGACGAUGGACAAGGACAGGAUGCUGCAGGAGAAAGACAAGCAGAUCGAGGAGUUGACCAGGAUGCUGAGGCAGAAGCAGAGACUGGUGGAGGUGCUGAGGAUGCAGCUGGAGCAUGUGAACCAAGGAGGACCGGAGCCGCCGGUUCUUGUAAGAGUGAAACAAGAACCUCCUGAUGGAACUGGUGGCCCUCUCUCAUUUGGCCAUUCGCUGUUCUCCCCUUCACCGUCACCCGUUUCAAGUGAGGUGGAUGUUCUCAAGGUCACUGUUAAACAGGAAGCCAUCGAGGCAGAGGAAGUUGCGUGCGAGACAACGAUGCAAUUACCAGAAAUUCAUGGAUUACCGCGGUCUUUGACACAAAGUCACAAACAGGUUCAGCUCCAAAUCCAGCCGGAGCAGAUGAGCACACAGGCGAAACAGCAACAUGUCCGCCUGCAGCAAACCACUCUGCAGCUGGCCCAGCAGCAGGCCAUACAGAAACUCUUGCUCCAGCAACAACGCGGCUUUCAGAACGAGCAGACGGUCACGCAGAACCGCGGUCAGACGCCAGAAAACCUGCAGAAGCUUUCCCAGCAGAGAAAGAAGAAGUCUCACAAGCAGCAUCUGAAACAACUCCAGCUGCAGCAGCAACUGUUGCAGUCGCAGCAGCAGCACCUGCAGCAGCAGUCGAAGCAGCAUCAGCAGCAGAUGCAGCUGAAGCAACAGAUUCUGCUGAAGCAGCAGAAGUCGCUUUUACAGCAACAGCAGCAGACUAAACAACUGCAACAAAUCCAGAUUCAGACAAAGAUGCAUCUGAAGCAACAGCAGGAACAGCAGAAACAGCAGGCGCAGCAGCAGCCGCCACAGGUGUCUCAUGCGUCCUUCAACCAGCAGCCAGGCUCAGCCCCUUCCUUCCCACUGGAUCUCCUCAAAAGCAACUCCGGCCCGACUCUGGUCACCGACGGCAACGGCAACCACUUUCUGGUUUCGCUGACCAGCCACAUCACUGAGAGCCAAGGGACUGCUGCACCUGGGAGCAAAGCAACCAAUCAAAUCGCACUGCAGCGACUCCAGUCGACUCCAGCCAGGCUCCCUGACCACAACCAUGUGACUCAAAUCAAACAGAGUACGCACGAGAGGUUUUUAAAACAACAAGAGGCAAAGCCACAGAACGUGAGACCUCAGGUAUCUGUAGAACAGCCUCAGCAGGACGUUGCUCUGUGUUUGUCAGCACCUCCCAGUCUGCAGCCUUUCUUCAAGCACCAGGAGACCGCCUCCUCAGGGAACAACACCUCAUCGCCACCCUCUCGAGCUGAGCUGUGUCCUGGUCUGGAUGUCUUGUUUAGUCCUCUGUCUCCAGCGUCCAACGACACAGCUGCCUCGUCGCCUGAUGACAAAAAUACAGAGCAUGAAGAGGAUUUUAUUGACAUCAUUUUGCAGACAGGAGAAAUGUCGACGACUUUCAACCCAGCACCGGACCCUUCUCUGGACUGUCUAAAUCCACACUCCUCUUCCUCUUCUCCUCACCCCUCCCCAUUCCAGCUGAUGCUAUCCCCCCCCAUGCCUUCGUUUUGUGACACGCAGCAGUCGGCCUCCUCGAUGCAGUCUGAUCUCCAGACUCUGGCCGACGCCAUCGACGGGAAACAACACCUCUGUAGCACCGAGAGUGGACGCCUGGAGGACUUCCUCGAGAGUACCACCGGUAAGCCCCUCCUGGGGGUGGAGCCUGGAGGCCUGAUGACUUUGAUUGAUGACCUCCACAGUCAAAUGCUGUGCACCCCCAGCAUCCUGGACCAUCCCUUGUCUCCCAUGGAUACCUUCGACCUGGCAACGGAGGGGGAGCAUGGGUUGGACGGUAUGGAUUGGUUGGACCUCACCAUGGGGGGAGAGCGGGGGGAGGAAACCUCCACGCUGGCCCCACUUUGCUCCCAAACACCCCCUAGUGUCUUUUCAACAGACUUCCUGGACAGCUCCGACCUGCCGAUACACUGGGACUCCUGCCUAUAGCCCAUAGCAGUCGGACAACAAGGACGUGGCUCAGUUGCACUCACUGACGGAGUUACACAUAGCCACAAAAAAACAUGUAAUUUAUUGCUGAGGCUUCAGUAUUGGAUUAGAGAACUCUUUCUGUGUCCUCUCACACACUGGUGUAUUGAAUCUUCAAGACCUUUAUUUAAUUUACACACUAUUAGUGUAUUGAUUUGUGUGCGUAGACACUUAUUAGGCAGGCCCUAUAUUAUUAUUCUAUAUUGCUGCUUUAGCAACAGUUUUGUCAACACAGAGGCAGUGCUGUGGAUUUGGGCCUGAUUAUUGAUAAGACACUUUUAACUGAGCCGUGAACGCGUUGCUCACAUAUAAAUUAAUCUCAUCUUUUCUUGACACCGCGUUACCGUGAAUGCAUCAGUUUGACCUUUUUGUCUAAUUAGCAGUGCAAAUCCUCAGUUGCCUUGAGUAGUGAUGAUAAUCAAUAGUUUACCACUACAGACAAUCAAUAACCAAAGCUGAGGUCAAAGAUAAGGAUUUUCUAGCAACAUGAUGAUAGUUAAUAGGAUGGACGAGCUGCACUCUGAUGCUAUCAUUUCAAAAGAUGAUGUGAUUCUGAAUCUCAUGUUAUUCGUAUCAGCUUUUGAAGCAGUAUUACAGUGUUUCUGAGCUCCACCACCUCAUGCCACUGAGCGCCUUGUGCCAUAAAGAUCUGCAGCUGCCACGCUCCCUUUUAUAAAACCUUUAAUUUUACUGCAGCAGUGGCCGACAUUCUGCCACGCUCGGGUCCCGGUCCCGGUUCUCCCGUGCCUCCCUUCCCUCCAGUAGCAGCGUGGCUUUGGUGUUGACGGCAGGUGAGCUCCAGGUCCUGCAGCUGCAGACGGACCCCGUAGUUCCUUUUGCCCCCCCCCCCCAACGCAGUCGACACAGGUCAUCCUAGACCACGUGAAAGACCCUCACAACCACCACCUUGUCAUUGUCUGAUCCCAUCGGAGCCCUUCACAUCACAACGAGCCCCAUUGUGCGCGACCAGACGAAAUCUAAUCCAAAUCCCAUUUGCAACUGAUUCGCUGCACAAAGCAUGCUGGGAUACAUACCUGCGUUGUGGACCACGAGAGGGACGGGCAAUUUCAAAGACUCAAAUAGUGCUUACCUCAAGACAGCCAAUCCAGCUGCAGCACGGGCAACGACAACCAGGAAAGGCCAAAAAACGAGACUAACGAUAAUAGUUUUGCAGUUUCUAUCUCUCAAGGUAAAAACAAAAAUGUCUUGUUCAGCUGCGUUCACAGCAGGAGUAAUAAUUCAUGCAUUUCAUCCACAAUCAACUUUUUAAACCGCAUGCUUUAAAAAAAAAAAAAAAUAGUUGACAUACAAACUAUGAAAUUGUUUCACACAGUACAGUGACUUUACAACCCAGAUUAUUCAUUUCAGAUUAUUGUCAAUGAUGCUAACAAAAUAAUGGUUACAUAUAAAAUUGAUAUUUAAUAUUUGUCCAUAUUCAAAAUGUUUUUUUAAUAGAAUUGCACUUAUAUUGGUUAUGUCUUUGUUUUGAAGUCUUCUGAAUGUAAACACGGUCGUAGUUGCUGCAUCUCACAUGAACUACACUGCUUGGUUUAGGCGCUACACCGGUGCUCUUCAUGGCUACGUGCCGUCUGGUCUCCGUGGUAACGUUGGACACUCGGGUCUUGAUAACUACCGUUCUGUAGUUUCACUCCCUUUCCAUUUGCACUUGUUGUUUUCAUUUUGCAUGUGUCCACACACAUUGUUAAAGGAAAGGAUAACUCCUGCAGUUUGAUAGAUUCUUCACAAAUGCCUUCUUCAUAAUGAUUUUUAGUGUUAUUUAGUUGUUGCUCUCAAUGCUGACAUGUGGGUAUCCUGUACUGCAUCAGUACUUUUGCCAAUGGGGAUUUAGUCCUUUUUCUCUUUGAGAUAUUACAAUGAUCUGUUAUAUAAGUUUAGACACAUUGUUACGAGAUGCAUUUAUCUGUCUUUUUUUAUUUUUCAGUUUUUCCUCUGCGGAACACUCUGGUGAUACAGCUUUGUGUUUACUGGGACUAAUUCUGACAAAAUGUCUGUAUUGUGAAUCCAAAACUUCUCCUUGGAGACGCACUGCAACAACAAACACACGUUUCAUUUUGAUUCACACCAUCUUUUUACACUUUUAUUGUUUUUUUGUCCCCAGGUACAAACUACACUAUGCUUCAGGUUGUAUUGAUUGUCCAGUGCAAACUCCUUUUGAUUUGUCAGACUUUGGUCCAACAGUCCAGCUGUUUUUAGUUUAGGUAUGUGUUAAAACAUUCAAACUGGCCAUUAAGAGAUCCCUUUGAAACUGUGAACCUCAGCCUCACAAGGCUUAUCCUAAACCUAAGCCAUAUACUACAGCUUACUAUUAUAAAUGCAACAACAGCUGAUGUAUUGUCUUGAUUUUUAUCAAAUAAAUAAUGUUUUAAUUGAGUAUCCGUUAUAUAGUCGGGUAUUGUAUGCCAGACCGUGGCUAAAUACUGCAAACUCUGCUAUUUUAUAUAGUUAUAAUAUAUGAUUAUCUCACCUCUUAUAAGUUGUUGUUCCUUUUUGAAGAAAAUUCAAGUGCCUUUGCAUGAUGUAGCAAACACAUCUCUGUCCAACUUAUGUGGACUUUCAAACGCGAAAAGAAAAUGCCUUUUUCCUGCUGUAUUCUUCAGUCAGUCAGUGUUGAGCCAGAUUUUUUUUUCUAAAACAA